CUUCGGCUUGAUCGGAUUCAAAUCAUUUUUGAAGCGAAAAGUUCCAAGACCAAAAGUAUCCACUGGUCCACCAUCGUCUCCACUUGCCUCCAAGGCCUAGCUCGUGUAAUUAAUCCUCUUCUCUUUUUCCACUUCAUAGACUCUCGCAAUGCCUUACGCUGCAGGUGACGCUGGAAAGGGUGCUGCUAUCUUCAAGAGGAGUUGUGCGUUGUGCCACACCGUCGGUGCGGGCGAACCCAACAAGGUUGGCCCUAACUUGCAUGGUCUUUUCGGUCGCAAGACUGGUUCGGUUGCGGGUUUCUCGUAUACGGCAGCUAAUGUGAAGAAGGGCGUUGUAUGGGGAGAAGACACUCUCUUUGAUUACCUGGAGAACCCCAAAAAGUACAUCCCGGGAACCAGUAUGAACUUCGUUGGUCUCAAGAAGGAGAAGGACAGGAACGACCUCGUCACUUUCUUGAAACUACAGCUAUACUACGGUUCUGCAUCAGGUCUUAGUGCAUUAGACGACCACCCUUGCCCGCAUCUCUUUGCAUCCUUUAUCCCCGCUCAUACCACACUAUACUCUUUACAACCCUUGCGUGUUGGUAGUCGGCGCUAUGUCAUGUUGCCUUCAUGCACUACAUGAACAGUGGGGUGAUCAGCCUGUCGGCAAUGGUGUUCAAACAAACAUGGUGCGUAACACUAAUAUGCUCUAGCGCAAAUCAAUUCUACGCAUUCCUAUUGAAUAUAUGAGAUUGUAUGGACAAA